GCAUUAGUUCGUCAUAAUCAUUAUCAUCGGCCAUUCACCUCGCAUUUGUGCGAAGUAGAACUGGACUUCUGAGUCUGCUAAACCCUAAGCUUUAGCCAUCAUCCCUAACCUCUCUCCCUUCCCCCCUUCUCUCUGCUCAGAUGCAAUCCAAAAUGGCGAUGCUUACCAAAUCACGAUCCUUACUCAAAACCCUUAACCCAACCGCACUCAAAUCAAUCUCAACUUUCUCUCUCCUCAACCAAGAACCUCAGCUCGCGGAACCACCAGCACCAGCACCAGCACCGUCUUCUUCGUCGUCUCUUCCUCCAAGCCCUUCCACUGGAAGCCCUUUUUACAAUGAGAACUGGCGAAACCCUAACCCGAACACCGGUGGCAAUCAAGCCCUAAUUAUUCCUUCUGGGUAUUUCAAUCAAUCACCGGCUGCUCUUAUGUUCUCCGCGCAAAAGAAGGAUGUUGAUUCGCUGCUGAAUUUGUUCGCUGAUUGGGUUACGGCGAAGCGGUGGGGGGAUGUGAAGGAGUUGUUUGAGCUUUGGAUCAAAUCGUUGGAUGCACAUGGGAAACCUAAUAAGCCAAAUGUGCAACUGUUUAAUCAUUAUUUGAGGGCUCAUUUUAUGGAUGGAACUACUGCUGCAGGGUUGCUUGAUGUGGUCAGUCUAAUGGAGGAUUUCGCUGUUGAACCCAAUACCGCCUCGUUUAAUUUGGUGCUUAAGGCUAUGCAGGCUAGAGAGUUUGAGGCUGCGGAAAAGCUUGUUGAAAGGAUGCUGCAAAGUGGAAAAGACUCUCAACCUGAUGAAGAGUCAUAUGAUAUGGUUAUUAGCAUGCUGUUUUCCCAACGCCAAAUUGAUAACGCCUUGAAAUAUAUAGAUCUAACACUGAAAUCUGGAUAUAUGCUAUCAUCGAAAGUCUUUGCUGACUGUAUCCAAGCCUGUAUUGUUAAAAAAAGAUUGGAGAGUUUGGUGAUGGUUAUCGAAAAGUGCAAGGCUAUGGACCAAAAUAAAGCUCUGAGCCCCAGUUGGAACUUGUGCAAGCAUCUUGCAGAGGUUGCAAUACAGAAUGAUAAUAGUAAGCUGACCUUUCAAGCUUUGGGAUUCAUGGCUAGAUGGAUUCAACUGGGUGAGAAUGGGAGGCCCCCUAUUUUUCACUCUGUUGAUGAAGGAUUAGUUAUUUCUUCCAUUGCCGCAGCUGCCCGAACUUAUGACUCUACUCUUUUGGAUGCCUCAUGGGCCAUCCUAAAGAGAUCCUUGCGUGAAAGAAAGCCGCCUAAUCCAGAAACCUACUUGGCUAAGAUAAAUGCCCUUGCUUCCCUGGGGAGGUUGCAGAAUGCUUUUAGUACUCUGAGUGAACUUGAACGAACACAUGCAAGUUCUACAGUGGCUGAGGAGGAUCUUUUGUCACCAUUUACUUCUCUUCAUCCUUUAGUUGUGGCAUGUUCAAAGCAAGGCUUUGAAACUUUGGAUUUGGUGUAUUUUCAACUGGAGAAUUUAAGUCGUACAAAUCCUCCUUACAAAUCUGUUGCUGCCUUGAAUUGUGUAAUUUUGGGCUGUGCAAAUAUUUGGGACCUUGAUCGGGCUUACCAAACAUUUGAGGCAAUUAGUUCAACAUUUGGAUUGAACCCUAAUAUACAUUCAUACAAUGCUUUGAUGUCUGCCUUUGGAAAGUUGAGAAAGAUGUUUGAAGCUACAAGGGUAUUUGAACAUCUAUGUAGUCUAGGUGUGAAACCAAAUGCUAUGUCAUAUAGUUUGCUUGUAGAUGCUCACCUCAUCAACCGAGAUCCAAAGGCUGCUCUUACUGUACUAAAUACAAUGUUGGAAGCUGGUUUUGAACCAUCAAAAGAGACGUUGAAGAAGAUCAAAAGACGGUGCAUUAGGGAGAUGGAUGACGAAAGCAGUAGUAAUGUAGAAUCUGUUGCCAAGCAGUUCAAAAUCCUUUUGGGUACUGAAAAUCGCAGGAACAUGUUGUUUAAGCUGGAGUAUGGUACUGACUAUGCGUCAUAGGUUACGCGGAAAUUCCGUUUUAAGCAACCUUUUUUUGUUUGUAAAGUAGCAAUUCUGUUAUGUUUUUUGCUUGAGCCUAUGGUCUUAGGCUCUGAGCUCAAUUUAUACUCCCCUCCAUUUGUUUAUGUAGCAUUUUUGGUUCUUUUUAUUUUCUAGGACAGAAAUUGCAGUAAAAUUUUCUAGUUCAAGUCGAGAUGUUUUUGACAGCUAGGAAUAAUACGAAACUAAUUCUCUAGUUUUAAUUAAUUCUCCGGCUCUUAUUACCCUUGUCAA